AUGAAAUCAUUAAUCAUCGCAGGAGCUGCUUUAUUCUCCGCUGCUUCAGGAGUUCAAAUUGAUAAUGCUAAGCCAAGCCAACUUGCUUAAGUAGAUUAAGGCUACAGCAUUGGCGGAUUUGGAGGAGGCCCCGGAUUGUAUGGCGGACAUUACGGUCACGGAGAUAAGGGCUUUGGUGGCGGUGCACCAGCCCAUCAUCACGAUAGAGUUGAAUAUGACUAUACUUGCAGAGCAAAGCAUGAUGAAGAUAACUUACAGAAUGACAUUACAUUGUACGGCCCUAAGGUUGUAUUGGUAAAUCUCGAUAGCAGAUGUCAAGUUGAUAGACUCGAAAGAGAAGGUAUCUUCGUACAAACUGGCGACCUUAUCUUUGUCACCGGAAGAGAGGACAGCUGUGCCUGGCAAGAAUGGGACACUGAUCAUCACUCCCUUGAUUAUGACGUUGUUUUCCCAGGCCUUGACUACGACAUGCCACUUAGAUCAGAGCCAGGUCACCAACAAAAUAUCGUCAUUCUUGAGGCUCUUAGCACUGGUUCAACCACCUACGACAUCGAUCUUUACUGGGGUAAACGUGAAGUUAGAUCAGUAUCAGUCCAAAUCUAUGUCAAUGAACAACCAGCCCUAGCUGUUGCCACUCCAAGAUUCUCAUGCUGA